CCGGGCUGGGCAGCGGAGGCGGCGGAGCCUCCAGAGCCUCCCGUGCCCCCAUCCCACCAACGGAGCCCAUGGCAACCCGGCUGCCCGUCCUGUGCCUCCUGCUGGGAAUGUGGGCCAUCCCUGACCAUGGAGGAGCCACCUGGAUCCCUGGAGGUGAGAAUUUGGGGAGCAGCCCUCUGGGAAUGCCGCCACAGCUCCAUGAGCAUGAAUCCAUCCUGAGACUCACCAGAGGCGGCUGCCGCUGCACUGGGAUACUGGAGGUGAACUGGGAAAAGCAAUGGAGACAAAUUUGCUGGGAGAGCGUGAGCGUGGAUGACCUGGAUUGGAUCUGCCAGCGGCUGGAGUGUGGCCCCCUGACCUCUGAGCCCUUGGAACUCAACAUUCCUGGUGGGAAAGGGCCACACAGACAGGCCAUGAGGUGCAGGAGGCCACCGAACCCACCGGGAUGCAACUGGGAGCUGGAAAACUGUACGGAACACGUCAUUGUCGCCUGCAGAGAGCCAGUGAAAACCACUCCGAAGCCCCCACCGGCACCCCCCGCCACCAGCCCAGAGCCCGUGGGACCCCCCAGGCUGCGGCUGGUGGACGGGAAUUUCAGCUGUUCCGGCUUCCUGGAGCUGCACAAGCAGGGGCUGUGGGGGGCUGUAGCGAGCAUCCCGCACAACCGGUCACAUCUGGUCACCCUCAUCUGCCGGGAAUUGCGCUGUGGCGCUGCUGGGAACAGCCACAGCCAGCCGGAUCCAGGGAUCCACCUGCCGGUGCGGUGGGAGGCGGUGGAUUCCUGUGGGAGCCGUUCCCUGCUGGACUGCUUCAACAGGACCAGCUCCCGGGGGAAAAUGCCCGCCUUCAUCACCUGCUCAGAUUCCCAGCCGCGGGCCCUGCGGAGGCUGGCAGCCGGCCCCACUCCGUGCCAAGGGGACAUCCAGGUAUUCCAUGCGGGCCAGUGGUGGGAUCUGUGUGACUCUGGAGCAACGCAGCGAGACGAGCGUGGCUGGCAGAUCUGCCGAGAGCUGGGCUGUGGGAAUCUCACUUCCAGCAUGGAAAUCCGGGAGCUUCCCUCGAUGGGAGUCACGUGUGGGUUCGGUCCCCUGCACCUCUGCCAGCCCAAGUUUGGGAAUAUCCGGAGCUGCUCCCGGACCAGAGUCACGUGCCAGGACUCAAAACCACUUCCCACUGGAACAUCUGCUGGAACUGUCGUGAGCAUCUGCCUGGCCCUGCUGCUUUUCCUCAUCCUUUUCCUGAUCUGUGGCCCUCCUGCCUAUCGGAAACUGAUGAAGAGAAUCUCCAAGAAGAAGCAGCGCCAAUGGAUCGGCCCCACAGGACUCAACCAGACGGUGUCUUUCCACCGCUCCAGCACCGCACCGAGGCUUCGGGGACAGGGAGGGGACGACUACGCUCAGCCACCCCAAAAGAGCUCCCAGCUCUCUGCUUACCCAGCUCUGGAAGCAGCGUGCCAGCGCUCUAACCCUCCGGAUAACUCCUCGGACAGUGACUACGACCUGCACUCCGCCCGCAGGGUGUGAUUUCCUUCCUCCCAAAGGAGCUGAUCCCACCUCCCACCUCAGCUUUGGGGGCAUCCCAGCAUUCCAGGGCCCUUCCAGGAGCACUUCCCAGCCUCCUCAAGGAAGAAAAGGAAGUUUUUGGGGAUUUCUUAAAGCUAUUUACAGGAAUCUAAGAGGUAGGGGUGGGUUCAAGGAGCCCUUUGGAUUAGUGGGAUCACCAGAUUCUCCAAACCAGGAUAAAGAGCUGGGAUGAUGGAUAAAGGAUAGGGAUGUAAGGGUGGGAAUACUGGGAAGAAGUUUGAGAUAUUUAAUAACCAACAACUG